AAACUAAGCACGCACAAGAUGGGGACUCUCAUUGUGAGCUUCUUGAGCUUAACACUCCUGCUAUGUUAUGCUACAAAUGUUGGGGGUCAGAGUGUGAGCUCUAUAAUAACUCAGUCCCUCUUCAACCAGAUGCUGAAGCACCGCAACGACGCUGCGUGUCCUGCGAAGGGCUUUUACACUUACGAUGCAUUCGUACAAGCCGCGAAUUCGUUCAGAGGAUUCGGGACGACCGGUGAUUUGGUUACGCGUAAAAGGGAGCUCGCGGCGUUUUUCGGACAAACGUCACACGAAACAACUGGGGGGUGGCCGAGUGCCCCGGAUGGACCAUACGCUUGGGGAUAUUGCUUGAAAGAGGAGCGUGCUAAAACAGAUCCGCCAUAUUACGGGCGAGGCCCGAUCCAACUAACCCACAAGUACAACUACGAUUUGGCGGGCAAGGCAAUUGGAAAAGACCUGGUGAACAAUCCAAACCUGAUUGCGACCGACCCCGUAGUCUCGUUUAAGACCGCGAUGUGGUUCUGGAUGACGCCGCAGGGGCAGAAGCCGUCGUGCCACGACGUGAUCACCGGGCGGUGGAAGCCGUCGGCGGCGGAUUCUGCCGCGGGGCGGGCGCCCGGGUACGGUGUCACCACCAACAUCAUCAACGGAGGGCUUGAAUGCGGUAAAGGAUUCAGCACGAACGAAGAGAAAGAUCGGGUCGGUUUCUACCAGAAAUAUUGUGACAUAUUGGGUGUGAGCUAUGGCGCGAACGUUGGUUGUUUGAACCAAAAGCCUUAUGGUAACUAGAGUCUUAAGGAGUCUCUAGCUAUGAAAUUAAAUAAAGUUAUGUGGGCUUAGUAACAGUGAUAGUUAGCCUACAUAUUAGUCGUAUUAUGCGUUCUUAGUCCGAGAAAAGUUAUAGUAGUAAGUAGAAAUGUACUAGAUAGAGUCUCUGUAUUUGCUCUGAAAAAAUAAGAUGCGCUUUUCUUUUUCAGAAA